CAACAAAGAAGUGUGGCUGCUAAUAAAGAUUCUUCAUAACUAAAGAUGAUGCUGAUGUUCUGCUUCAGACAUUCUCUCUCUCUCUAGAACAUAAAAGACUAAACCUUUUUUUCUUCAAACCGGAGCUCUUUGAGUCUUCUGUCUUCUCUCCAAUUCGUUUCCCAUAGUAUAAAGUUCGUCUCUUUUCUUCACUACAUGGACUCCCCGAGGUGACAAUUAAGAAAAGCUUGUUUUUUUUUCUCUCUCUCUAAGGUAUUGUUCCGAUUAGAUUAGGCUUCUUUGUUAGAUUGGGGAUAAAAAAACAAUCUGGGUUUAGGUUUCUUUUGUUGAUAACGACGAAAAAAACUAGAGUAAUAGUAUGACUAUAAUGGAGGAGAAACAGAGUAGCCCUGUUUCAGAGAAGCAGCAGAGCUUUAACCAGACAGAACCAAAGGAGAAGCAACAGAGUUUUGGAUGUGCUGAGACUAACCAGCCGAGAAAGGCGAGAGCUUUAGAGAAACAAGUGAGUUUCCAAGGCGUGAAUGUGCAGCCAAGUAGACUAGGAAGGUCAAUGGAGAAGCAGCUGAGCUUUCGAGGUGUGGAGAAUAAUCAGAAACGUGGGAAAGUUAUGGAGAAGCUUCCUAGCUUCGGUAAAGCACCAUCAAUGGAGAGGCAGAAGAGUUUCCGCGGCGGGUUUCUAGAGAAGCAGAAGAGCUUCCGUGUGGUGAUGGAGAGGCAGCUGAGUUUCAUCGGCGAGAGGAGGAAGAAGACUGAGUCGCCAGGGAAGAGAGGUGACUCGCCUCUUCAUAUAGCAGCUCGGACCGGGAACUUAGGGAAGGUUAAGGAGUUGAUCAGAGGUAGUAGUUGUGGUGAAGAGUUGAGAGAGUUGUUGUCGAAGCAGAAUCUUGAAGGAGAGACUCCUCUUUAUACGGCUGCUGAGAAUGGGCAUUCGUUUGUUGUUGAGGAGAUGUUGAAGCAUAUGUGUCUUGAAACUGGUUCGAUUGCAGCUAGAAAUGGAUUUGAUCCGUUCCAUGUUGCAGCUAAACAAGGCCAUCUUGAGGUGUUGAAGAAACUGUUGGAGACAUUCCCAAACUUGGCAAUGACAACAGAUUUAUCGUGUACAACUGCGUUACACACGGCUGCAACACAAGGACACAUUGACGUGGUGAAUCUUCUUUUGGAGACAGACUCUAACUUGGCUAAGAUAGCUAAGAACAACGGUAAAACCGCGCUUCACUCCGCAGCGAGGAUGGGUCAUGUGGACGUUGUGAAAUCUUUGAUAGGUAAUGAUCCAAGCAUUGGGUUUAGAACCGAUAAAAAGGGACAAACCGCUCUUCACAUGGCUGUGAAAGGUCAAAACGAUGAGAUUGUUGUUGAGUUGGUGAAACCUGAUGUAGCGGUUUUGAGCGUUGAGGAUAACAAAGGAAACACACCGUUGCACAUUGCCACAAACAAGGGCCGUGUUAAGAUAGUGCAGUGUUUGGUAUCUUUUGAAGGCAUCAACCUCAACCCAAUAAACAAAGCUGGAGACACACCACUCGACAUAGCCGAAAAGAUAGGAAACGGAGAGCUUGUCUCGGUUCUAAAGGAAGCAGGAGCAGCUACAGCUAAAGAUCUUGGAAAGCCUCAAAAUCCAGCUAAACAACUGAAGCAAACGGUCAGCGACAUCAAACACGAGGUACAAUCUCAGCUCCAGCAGUCCAGACAAACCGGCGUGAGAGUCCAGAAGAUAGCAAAAAGACUCAAGAAGCUCCACAUCAGCGGUCUCAACAACGCCAUUAACUCAGCGACCGUGGUGGCCGUGCUUAUCGCCACGGUGGCUUUCGCAGCCAUCUUCACAAUCCCAGGCCAAUACGAGGAGGACCCGUCCAAAGGAGCGUUGCUAGGACAAGCUCACAUAGCGAACAGAGCGCCGUUUCUUGUCUUCUUCAUUUUCGACAGCUUGGCGCUGUUUAUAUCCUUGGCUGUCGUCGUGGUGCAGACCUCGGUGGUUGUGAUCGAGCAGAAGGCGAAGAAGAAGCUUGUGUUUGUGAUCAACAAGCUCAUGUGGUGCGCUUGUUUGUUCAUAUCCAUUGCAUUUGUGUCUCUCUUGUACAUUGUUGUGGGGAAAGAGGAGAUGUGGUUGGCCGUGUGUGCUACUGUUAUUGGAGGGACCAUCAUGUUGCCGACGAUCGGUGCGAUGUGUUACUGCGUGGUGAUGCAUAGGAUGGAGGAGUCUAAGCUGAGGAGUAUAAGGAAAGAGAGGAGUAAGUCUCAGUCUUUCUCUAUGUCUCGUAUGGCUUCUGAUUCGGAGAUUCUAAAUGGUGAAUACAACAAGAGAAUGUAUGCACUAUGAACAACAGUCUCUUCAUGUAAGAAUAACCAAUAUAUAUAUAUACUUGUAUUUUUGUAACGCUAUUCGUUGAAGUAUCAUCAACGCAAUAUACAGUAUAGUUUUAUUA